CAUCUAUGCUAUCUCUCACCGUAUUAUACUCAGCCAUACCCAUUCAUACUCAUUAUUCUCUCCGGGAACACCAUCUUCCUGUUGAGGCAAAGUGAGUUAGAGGCUUGUGGGACCCUUAUCUUGCCAGAGGAUAGAAGACAGACUAUCUGUUACCUGUUCUAGUCAGGAGCCAGGGCAGUGCGGCCCUAUACUCUACCUUAACUAAAAAAUAAAUGAUCAAUUCUUGGGUCCAGAUCUCCAGGGAUCUCAUUAACGUGCCAGAUUAAUUAUUAAUCCAUCAGUUAAUCUUGUACUCACCACCUCUGCUCCUAUUCACUAGAUAAUCGCUGCAGUAAAUUAAUGUAUGUUAAGUCCCCAAUAAAACUUUGGCGACGUUUGGAAUAUUUUUCAAAACUAACUUUAGUGUAAAAAAUACUUUUGGGACAAGUUAGACUUCAUUAGAAGAAUCUGUGAUAAAAAUGGAAAAUUAAAAUCGUUAAAAGUAUUAUACAUACUGUUGUAUAUUUGGGGUUUGAGAGCAAGCAGGAAAAUAUUAGUGCGUGUGUAUGAAUAUGAGAAAGAUACCAUAAGGACUACAGCGAAUUAACAAGCCCUAUGGGACCUUGGACUGCGACCUUCUCCUGUAGUGGCUCCGUCAGGCUGCGGUGUGUCGAGCCUGAAGGCGGCCCAAUAUGACGGUGUUGGCCCCAGACAGUCGUCGAGGCCUCGACCCUAGUAGUCGAGCCCAAGCUCCAGCCCCCUGGUCCCUCCCUGCUCUACUAGAAGCAACUCCUGACGGCGCUGAGGAACUUAUCUCCCGAAAGACCUUUCCCAAGGGUCAGCUCCCUGUCCGGGGCGCCGCCCCCGGCUGUCAGGACAUCUGUCAGCUGCAGCUGCUGACGCAGGCUCUCACCACCACCAUCAGCAUGCUCUGCUACGCGCUGCUUCAGGCCCACGAUGUGGUGGCUCACGAGGUGUACGGAGACGAGGCCAUUCGCGUAACGCCGCCGCCGCUCCUGCCCUACCUGAACGGCGACGACGGUGUCGACCCCGCCAACGGUGACGUCGAUAUGGACAACAUUACCAGAGUCAGACUCGUCCAGUUCCAGAAAAACUCGGAUGAACCCAUGGGCAUCACGCUCAAGAUGAACGAGGAGGGACGGUGCAUCGUGGCGCGUAUCAUGCACGGCGGCAUGAUCCACCGCCAGGCCACGCUACACGUCGGCGACGAGAUCCGCGAGAUUAACGGCGUCCCCGUCGCCAACCAGAGCGUCGACAUUCUCCAGAAGAUGCUGAGAGAAGCCCGCGGCUCUGUGACCUUCAAGAUCGUUCCCUCCUACCGGAGCGCUCCGCCCCCCUGCGAGUUUUACAGGAUGAAGAAGCAGCAAGUUCUCGACUGGUCUCUACGCAGUGGAGUUGUUAAAAAGCAGAUUUACGUUCGUGCCCAGUUUGACUAUGAUCCCCUCGAGGAUGACUUGAUUCCUUGUGCGCAAGCAGGCAUUGCCUUCAAGACUGGAGAUAUUUUACAGAUUAUAUCCAAGGAUGACCACAACUGGUGGCAAGCAAAAAAAGAUCCCAAUGGUACUGCUGGACUUAUUCCAUCACCAGAGCUUCAAGAAUGGCGCACUGCCUGCCUAGCCAUGGAGAAGAGUAAACGUGACCAAGUGAACUGUUCAUUCUUUGGUCGGAAGAAAAAACAACAUAAAGACAAGUAUCUUGCUAAACACAAUGCUGUGUUUGACCAACUCGAUCUUGUCACCUAUGAAGAAGUCAUAAAACUGCCCUCAUUUCGACGAAAGACAUUGGUGCUGCUUGGUGCGCAUGGCGUUGGGAGGCGACACAUCAAGAAUACUCUCAUAGCUUCACAUCCAGACAAAUAUGCUUAUCCAAUUCCACAUACUACACGAAGUCCACGAAAGGAUGAAGAAAAUGGAAAGAAUUACUACUUUGUGUCUCAUGAUGAGAUGAUGGCUGACAUUGCAGCAAAUGAAUAUUUGGAAUAUGGUACACAUGAAGAUGCAAUGUAUGGCACAAAACUUGAAACCAUCCGUAAGAUUCAUGGUGAAGGUCGCAUGGCCAUCUUAGAUGUCGAACCACAGGCACUCAAGAUCCUGCGUACGGCUGAAUUUGCACCCUAUGUUGUAUUCAUUGCAGCUCCUUCUCUUCAAAAUAUGACUGAUUAUGAUGGAAGCUUAGAAAGACUGGCAAAGGAAUCGGACAUGCUCAAGCAAUUAUAUGGCCAUUUCUUCGACUUGACCAUAGUGAACAAUGACAUCGAAGAAACCAUUCGACAACUGGAAAAAUCUAUUGAAACUAUGAAUAUGACACCGCAGUGGGUGCCUGUGUCAUGGGUUUACUGACAGACCGCCCCUCCCCGAGACAGUCCCUCUGACUGCUAUUGCUGUGGAACAUCAAGGAGCAAAGAGGCUAACAGACGAGCCCACCAACACCAUAGAAGGUGAUCCAGUGGAACAUAGAACCACACAACCAUGACCAGAGUGCCACAAUCAAAGUCUCGCAAAAUGAAAAGCCUCAUUUUACCCUAAGAUAUAAAAAACUAUAUAAAAAUAGUAAAAAAAAAAAAGAGAUCAGUUAUUAUAGCCAUACAAUGCACAUCAAUGCUUGUCCUGUAUGACAAGUGAUGAAAGAAAGGAAUUGGAAAUAAGUCUUGGGAGUGCUGUUAUAACUACCAGAGGUUUUGGCAACUUGCUCAAAAUGGGGACUUUUUCUAAAGCAUAUAUGCAGUAUUUGGCAAAAACUAUUUUUGUUUUCUUAAGUUAAAAAAUGAUUUCUUAGAUUCUUCUUCUUCAGUUUAAGUAUAAUAAUAAUUUAUUAUUUUUCAGAUUCUAGAGUUUAAUCAGGAUAUUUAAAUUAAUAAGUGCUUUACAUUAUAAUACAUCACAUUUAUUGAAGAAACUGAAAUUUAAUGUAACUUUCAUGAUGUA